GAUAAAGAUAGGAGUGGAAUAAUAUCUGAUCAUGAACUUCAGCAGGCAUUAUCCAACGGCACGUGGACGCCGUUUAAUCCAGCAACAGUCAGGUCCAUUCUUGGCAUGUUUGACAGAGAAAACAAAGGUGGGGUCAACUUCAAUGAAUUCACCGGAGUCUGGAAGUACAUCUCGGACUGGCAGAAUGUCUUUCGAACGUAUGACAGAGACAAUUCUGGACUGAUUGACAAAAAUGAACUAAAGCAAGCACUAACAGGUUACCGACUGUCUGAUCAAUUCUAUGAUAUCCUUAUUCGGAAAUUUGACAGACAAGGAAGAGGACAAGUUGCUUUCGAUGACUUUAUUCAGUGCUGUGUUGUUUUACAGAGGCUGACUGAUGUCUUCCGACGAUACGAUACGGAUCAGGACGGCUGGAUUCAGGUGUCCUACGAGCAGUAUCUUUCCAUGGUCUUCAGCAUCGUAUGACGCUGAUCCGUGGGAACUGCACGCUGGCACUACAGCCUGGAGCUGCCAAAUCCCCCUGUGCUGAAAAAGAUCGUUGAUGUAUUAUAAUGGAUGUAACUUCACAUUCUUAAAUUUUGUGUGUUGGCCAUCACCUUCAGAAUCUGUACUUCACUGGGUUUUUAUUUGGUAGUAGUGUACGGUACGACCAUCUCCGCUGACUGUAGUACAGAGAGCACAGACCCUAGAUGGAACUGGUGCAAUGUCAAACUUAACCUUCUUCCACAUAUCCUGC